AUGCAACCACACUCAGCUGAUAAAGGAUCACAAUCUUUUUGGGGGUGGCAAAAUCUUUUAGAAGGAAGAAAAGUUGCAGAAAAAGUGGAUCGGCAAUGGAAGCAAGAGCAGAUAGAAGAAAUUUUUCCUCCGGAGACAGCAACCCGUAUCCUCUCCACUCUGUUGAAUGCUGAUGGUGUUGACAAGCUACAGUGGAUCUGGAACAAAAGAAAGCAAUAUGAUGUCUUUACUGGGUAUACAAUAGCCUACAAUUUCUAUCAUGUUCCAAUAGCACAGUUUCCCCUUUUGUUGCAAAAUCAAGUAAUUUGGAAGCAGGUUUGGGGAUUAAAGAUUCAAACUAAGCUACAGAUUUUUCUAUGGAGGGCUAUUCAUGAAAGGUUACCUAUGAUGCAUGUCAUCCACCACAGAUUUGAAAACACCUUGCCCCUUUGCCUAAGAUUCAGAGUAGAAGAUGAAACAAUCACCCACUGCCUCCACCACUGUGGCCCUGUUGUAGCGACCUGGAACGCCCUCUUCUCUACUGACACUGUUGCUCAAAAUGGGUCUCCUGAUUUCGCGUCGUGGUGGCUGCGGGUCACCAUCAAAAACCAGGGUGGUGUUGAGACACUUGCUCGAGUUGUGAUUGUAUGCUGGGAACUCUGGAAAGCUCAGAACAGAGAAGUUUUUGAAGGAAGGAAGACGAUGGUGGAGGAGAUAACUGAGGCAGUAUCACGGUACCAAUGA